CAUGAAACAACCCUAGUAUCAGGAUUGCGGUCGACGAAUUUGUUUUUUCUGCCGACGGAGUGAACAACCGAUACCUGGUUUUGGUAUUAGUCGCCGUCCAUUUCCUCCGUUCCAAACAAUACCUCUCGUAAGAAUUCAGAAACCAUAGUAGGAAGCAUUAGUCGUCGUCUUGUUCUCAGGAGGAAGCAUUCGAAUCAACAGAUCUUUAUUCCAUGCUGUGACCGGUUAAACUUUCACCAGGUUGAAUAUGCUGGGUUCCUUACCUAUACUUCCACUUCCAGCACCUCCUGCUGAUGGAGAUCUUGGCCCGAUACCCCUGGCUCAAGUGACUGAGGACUCAAAUAAUGAGAGAAAUGAAGACCUGGAUAAAGAUAAUGAUAAAUCGACCCCAACUCCAGCAUCGGUAGCUACCCAUACGAGGACAAUCGGGAUUAUAUACCCACCUCCGGACAUCAGAAAUAUUGUAGACAAAACUGCUCAGUUUGUGGCUAAGAAUGGGCCAGAGUUUGAGAAAAGGAUUAUUGCAAACAAUGAAGGAAAUGCAAAGUUCAACUUUUUACGUGCCUCUGAUCCCUACCAUGCAUAUUAUCAGCAUCGUCUGUCUGAAGCCCGGGCACAAAAUCAAUCUUCUGGCCAGCAGCAGCCGCUUGAGGCGGCUGAGCCUGCUCCUGAAUCCGCAUCUACUGCUCCCACUGCUGAUGCAAAUGAUGUUUCAUCUAAGCCCGAUCCUUCAGCCCAAUUCCGUCCUGUUCGUAAGGUGCUUGAGCCGCCAGAGGCAGAGCAAUACACUGUUCGGCUUCCUGAAGGGAUUACCGGGGAGGAGUUGGAUAUAAUUAAGCUCACUGCUCAGUUUGUUGCCCGUAAUGGAAAGUCAUUUUUGACUGGUUUGACUAGCAGAGAGAGCACGAAUCCUCAGUUCCAUUUUAUGAGGCCGACACACAGUAUGUUCAUGUUCUUUACAUCACUCGCUGAUGCUUACUCGAAAGUUUUGAUGCCUCCUAAAGGGUUGACAGAUAAGCUCAGAAAUAGUGUUGCUGAUAUGACGACUGUACUCGAGCGUUGCUUGCAUCGCCUUGAAUGGGAAAGGUCACAAGAGCAAGCUAGGCAGAAAGCCGAAGAUGAGAUAGAGCAGGAGCGACUGCAGAUGGCUAUGAUUGAUUGGCACGAUUUUGUUGUGGCUACGUCAAUAGAUUUCGCCGAUGACGAGGACGAUGAUUUACCUCCUCCAAUGACGCUCGAAGAAGUGAUAAGGAGGAGCAAGAUGUCUGCUAUGGAAGAAGAUAUUGUUGAACCUGAAAAGGAGGUGGAAAUGGAGAUGGAUGAAGAGGAAGUCCAACUCGUUGAGGAGGGCAUGAGGGCUGCAAACCUGGAAGAGAAUGGUGAUAUGAGGAAUAAAGAGGCCAAGGGAACACCUGAAGAAGAACCACCCAUGAGAAUUGUGAAAAACUGGAAGAGGCCCGAGGAGAGAAUCCCGGCCGAAAGAGAUCCCACUAAGUUUGUUGUCUCCCCGAUUACCGGAGAGCUUAUUCGCAUCGAUGAAAUGUCUGAACACAUGAGAAUUUCUCUUAUCGACCCCAAGUUUAAGGAGCAGAAGGAGAGGAUGUUUGCUAAGAUCAGAGAGACGACCCUUGCUGCAGAUGAUGAGAUUUCAAGGAAUAUCAUGGGACUCGCCAGAACCCGGCCCGAUAUUUUCGGGACUACAGAGGAAGAAGUGUCGAACGCUGUCAUGGCUGAGAUUGAAAAGAAGAAAGAUGAGCAACCAAAGCAGGUAAUAUGGGAUGGUCACACGGGAAGUAUCGGCCGAACCGCUAGCCAGGCAAUGUCUCAGAACACGGUUGUCGAGGACAUGAAUGAUGCUGACGGUAGGAGCCUCCCGGGUCCCGCACCUCCUCCUCCCAGGCCUGGUAUGCCAUCAAUUAGGCCACUGCCUCCUCCUCCUGGUCUUGCCUUGAAUAUUCCUAGGCCUUCUACAUUAAUCCACUAUCCUAACCCAUCCCCCGGUUCUGGUGUUAUUGCACCACCACCUCCUGGGCCUCCAGUUGUCAGUAUGGUUACUCCUAUUCGGCCGUCACCUCCAAUGCCAGUGAUGCAUGGGCAACAUCUUAUGGCAAACCAUCUUCCGAUGCAGCCAAAUCCGAUUAUUCCACCACCUCCCGGAGCACAGUUUAACCCUUUGGCAGGUCAGAGGCCUUUUAUUCAUAUGUCCCAGCCAGGCAUGCCUAUGGUUCCUCCACCACCAAUGCCUCAAAGCAUGAUGCCACCUCCUCCACCUGAGGAGGCGCCUCCACCACUGCCUGAAGAACCAGAGCCUAAGAAGCAAAAACUUGAUGACUCUGCUUUUAUUCCUGAAGAUCAAUUCCUGGCACAACAUUUGGGUCCUGCUCGUAUCACUAUAUCUGUGCCGAAUGUUGAUGAAGGAAAUCUGAAGGGGCAGGUACUGGAGAUUGGUGUUCAAUCCUUGUCUGAAACAGUUGCUAGUUUGAAAGAGAAAAUUGCGGGCGAGAUCCAGCUUCCUGCAAACAAACAGAAGCUGAGUGGGAAGGCAGGCUUCCUCAAGGACAAUUUAUCACUUGCACAUUACAAUGUUGGACCUGGAGAUACAUUAUCUCUUUCACUUAGGGAACGUGGUGGUAGAAAGAGAUGAGCACAUUAAUCCUGUGAAGAGGUUAAUGCUGGCUUUCAAUGUUGUAUUUCAUUUCUUUCUAGGUGGGGAUUCUGAUGGUUUUUGUGUUUAUUAAAUUUGGAAAACUUAAGUUAACGAGCUGGUUGUUGGAGUUGUCUUGUUCCAAUGUACGAUAAUUGCAGUUUGAUGUCUUCUACCUGAUAUGGAUUGCUGAUCGUUGGUAUUUUAUGUACUUGCAUGCUCUCCCUUCGUAAAUUGAUGUUGUGACCUUGCUGAUGCACAAUUCACAAUAUGUGGGAGUGGAAGAUAUUUGUGGUUUCUGAAUUCUGACAUUUCUUCAUUUUCUAUGUAGGCAUGGAGUUUUAUGGUUGUCUGGAUUACCCGAUACCUCCCAGAUCCUUGAACUCUAUAGUGAUGUUGUUGGGAUUUUAUGGCUUUCCCUUUCAGUUCUCACUUUUGAUUGUGUUAGUUGAUGGUUGAGCUUUGCUUGGAAUUUUGCAGGGCAGAGACCGCAGGUCCCUAAACCUUCUCCGUUUUGCACUGUGUAGGGAUUUGAUCUUCCGAAAGUCCUAUGGCAAUAGGAAAUUAUCUCUUUUAAUCAACUUUUUAUCAAGUGUGAAAAAUGUUACAUUUAUGAAGUUGAUAUGUGAAUCUUUUGCGUAUUAUUAACCUCAGUAAGAUCCAUUAUAACUUUUGUCUCGAUAUUACACAUCUUGGGGAUGCUGGUGUACCUCGAUCAUUAACAUGUUUCGAUAAUCUUCUUUUAUGUGGAAGGUUUUAAUAUUGUUAUUAGGGUUAAAUAGUUAAUGCCAUGUGUUAUUUUCUGCGGCAAGAGUGUGUAACAUAGCUUGUACGUG